AUGCAAAAAUUUAAGUUUACUGCUAGGCGCUCAGCUACGGUAGGUUUUCACAUUUGAAGAAUUCCCACUCGCCCACAGUAUGUGUAUCAGUUGUCAAGUUCUCUCUCCUAUUGCCACCAACGAAACGUGAUCCAUCGUGAUAUCAACCCUUCCAACGUCCUUAUCGGUCUGAGAGGGGAAUUGAAGGUCGCCGAUUUUGGCUGCGCUGUCCACAGUCCAGCUUCAAAGUAACUGAAAAUAACUUAAACCAGACUGUCAGGCGCACGGCUGUUUGGGGAACACUGGCAUAUCUGGCGCCAGAAAUGACGUCCAUGGAAUUUAUGCACGAUUUCCGAUGUGACAUUUGGAGCCUGGGUGCCGUGGCCUUUGAGAUGAUCACCGGAUUCACACCCUUUAAAGUUACAGCCGAAAGGGAAACCCUGGAACGAAUACAGGCAUCUGAAGUUGAUUUGGGCCCAGUUAAGUGUUUGAAAGCUGCUGAAUUUCUAAAAAAGGUAUUUUCCAUUGAAUUUCGACUUUACCAUGCGAGAGAAUCUGGUCUGGAUUAA